AUGACGUUCACUGCGGCGGACGCAGCGGCAGAAAUCACCAAGAGGAAGUGGGAGGCUGCAGGGACUGUCGCUGAGCAGUGGAAGCAGUACCUGGAGAACACCUGCAUCGAGUGGCUGAGGAAAUACGUGAGCUACGGGCAGGCCGUGCUGGAGAGGAAAGAGCCCCCCACAGUCCGGGUGUCGGGGAAGGAGGCGCAUGGGACCCUGACCUUGUACUGCCGCGCUUACGGCUUCUACCCGCGGCCCAUCACCGUCAGCUGGCUGAAGGACGAGGAGAUCAGGGACCAGGAGACGGAGCGGGGCAGCAUCGUGCCCAACAGCGACGGCACCUACUACACCUGGGCCUCCAUCGAGGCCCGCCCGGAGGAGAAGGAGAAGUACCGGUGCCGCGUGGAGCACGCCAGCCUGCUCAAGCCCGGCGUCUUUGCGUGGGGUGAGCCCUGUGGCCUUGGGCACGUGGAGCGGUGGGCUGGGGUGGUUCCCCUUGCCCUCCUCACGGCCCU